AUCAUGGACAGAUCAGCAACGACGCGAGGUACAUGCUCUGGCCGAAGAUAUUAAUCUGACAUGGAGAUGCUCGACAGACCGCUCUUUCUCUCCACUACCUCCGACUCCUCGCCCAAGAGUUCAGUAUGGGUGUUUUUGAAGCCAUGUGGUUCGAGACCAAGUCGUCGCUCUUCCUUCCGCUCGCUUGCUUGGCUUUAUGGAUAUGCUACAAUGUCGGGCUUGUCAUCUAUCGCCUAUAUUUCAGCCCCAUCGCUCACUUCCCGGGCCCGAAAAUCGCUGCCGUAACUUAUUGGUAAGAGCGCUGUUGUCUUCCAGUCUCGACCCGUCAAUUUCGCCGAGAUCAUCGUCCGGAGAGCCUUGCCUUGACACUGUUCUCAGGUACGAGUUCUACUACGACGUUGUUCUAGGUGGACAGUACACUUUCCGCAUUCUUGACCUUCACAAGCAAUAUGGCCCUGUUGUUCGCAUCAAUCCGCGAGAGUUACAUUUCUAUCCGCCUCAAUUUUACGAGGAGAUUUACGCAGGUCCCACACGGCGACGGGAUCGCUGGGAACGCUAUACCCAGGGUUUCGGCAUGCCUGGUGCUGGAGCAAGCACGAAUCCUCACGACCUGCAUAAGGCAAGACGAGCUGCCUUGAGCCCUUACUUCAGCAUGCAAAGCGUGCGGAAACUGCAAGGCGUCAUCGAGGAGAAGGCGGAUCUGCUGAUGGCGAGAUUUCGAGAGUUUGGCGACAUGAGAAAAGAAGAUGCAAGGAAGCCCUUGAAUUUGGAGGUUGCAUUCGCCGCGUAUGCUUACGACGUCAUCACCGAGUACGCCUUUGCUCGAAGUGAACAUCAUCUUGAAGCCGAGGACUUUGAUCCCUGGAUGUUGAAAGCGGCGUCGUCCACAAGUUCACUGGGCCAGAUUGCAAAGCAGAUGUACUGGCUCUUUUGGUUGGUCUUGAAUAUUCCGGAUUGGAUGGCUCAAAAGCUCGACGCGAACGCCAGCCGCUAUCUACAGUUCAAGCGGGACAUCAAGAAUCAAAUCGAAAACAUCCGCAACGGCGUCGACACCUCGCAUAAGACAGCUUCACACCCCACAAUCUUCCACGAAAUACUCGACAGCUCUCUCCCCGCCGCCGAAAAGCGCACUUCCCGCCUGGCGGAUGAAGGAGCCACGGUUGUGAGCGCGGGAGCCGUGACCACGGGCUGGACCCUGCCGGUUACAGUGUUCUACCUGCUGUCCAAUCCCGCCGUCCUGCAGCAUCUGAAACAAGAGCUCUACGAAGCGAUACCGGAUCCCACAAAGCCCACUGCAUUGCCCGAGCUCGAACGGCUGCCCUACCUCACGGGCGUGAUACAAGAAGGGCUGCGCCUGAGCUACGGAAUCUGCACGCGGCUCGAACGGAUCGCGCGGGAUGAAGCCCUCGUUUUCAACGACGGCGAGAGAUCCUGGACCGUGCCGCCCGGCACCCCGUGCUCCAUGACCAGCUACAUGAUCCACCGGAACCCCGACAUCUUCCCGUCGCCCCACGAAUACCGGCCUGAACGGUGGAUCGAGAACCCGCGGCUGGACAAGUACCUCGUCAGCUUCUCCAAGGGCAAAAUGCAGUGUCUGGGCAUCAACCUCGCGUACGCGGAGCUGUACCUCAUGGUAGCGAAGCUGUUUCGCGUGUACGGCAGCAGGGAGGUGAAAUUCGACGGCGAUGUGGGGCGGCUGGAGCUGUUUGAGACGACGUUCGAGAAGGACGUGGAUAUGCGUGAGGACAGGUUCAUUCCGUUACCGAGCAGAGACACAAAGGGGGUGAGGGUCUUGGUCGAGCUCUACUAGAGCACUAGCCCCUACAUUGGGCGGCUUAUAUAUGCUGCCUUCCUCAUUUUGGGUUGCAGCGGUGACCGUUGGAGGUAGGUGAUGGAAUGCAUCGCAAGACAAUGCUACUCGACCGAAAAGAUCCUCUCCGUUUCCUUAAGCCAGGCUCUCAUCCUUCGAGGCGGGCUUUACAUCAUCC